AUGAAUAGAUUAGCUUGUAUGACUAGGUGUUAUCUCACCACGUAUAGAAAUAGUGUUUAUAGAACGCCAGCCCACAUACUAGUUCCAAAGAACACUUUACCAAAUGUAUUUACUAUUCGCGGUGCCCACGAACAGAAGAAAAUUAGGUCUACUCUUAAUUAUAUGAUAGCGCUGGGUGUUAUGACUGUAGGUUUAAGUUACGCCGCAGUACCGUUAUAUAGGAUAUUUUGUCAGGCCUACAGUUAUGGUGGCACAACAGCUCAAGCCGAGGCCAACGAGACAAUAAGCAAAAUGAAUGCCGUCAAAGAAAGACCCAUUAAGAUAAGAUUUAAUGCGGAUGUAGCUUCAUCCAUGCAGUGGAACUUUAAGCCACAACAAGUUGACAUAACGGUAGUUCCAGGUGAGACGGCUUUAGCAUUCUACACAGCUCGCAAUCCCACAGACAAACCAGUGAUUGGAAUUAGCACAUACAAUGUGAUCCCCUUUGAUGCUGGACAGUAUUUCAAUAAAAUACAGUGCUUCUGCUUCGAGGAACAACAGUUGAAUCCUCAUGAACAGGUGGACAUGCCUGUGUUCUUCUACAUAGAUCCAGAGUUCAUGGAAGAUCCUAAGAUGGAAUUUGUUGAUGAAAUUGUGUUGUCCUACACAUUCUUUGAAGCUAAAGAAGGCUUGAAAUUACCAAUGCCUGCAUAUGCCAAGUAA